UUCACGUGAAGCAAAAACAAAAUGUCCAAUUUGCAGAGGGAAAAUGAUGCUGCUAAAUCGCUUUUCAGAAGACUUGAGGUUUUAUUUCCUAUCAUACAGUAGCUGACUGUUCAAGUAGUCCGUGUCUGUCCCAACCCAGUGCUGUGAAUUAGGACCAAGUUAUAGUUGAAUGUGUGCACUUCAGCACUUUUACUCAGCUGUGUCAUUUGGUACUUUGACCUUAUGCGGGAGCUGAUAAAUCAACAGUUUUUGUAAUUGUGUUCAUAUUUCAACACGAAAUGGUCGUAAACGCGUUGUAAAACACAUAAGGUGUUUUUGUUUCUUCAGCUUUACCUGAUCCUUUAAUGCGCUGACUGAACAGAUUAGCGGCAGUUUGUUCCACUCCGUUGCUCCCUAUUCCAAAUGUCCCGAUUUACUGCUUAAAAUAACAAAUUGUUCCACAGAUGAUCGAAGAUCGUAAAUUCACCAGACGCGCACACGCACACGCACACACACUGCAAAGGUUACAUAUUUAUUUCUCCUGGAAGUCUGCAGUCACUCCUAUCGUGUGCGGAGAGUACAAUCAGCACCGAGACAGAGCGGCCAUGGUAUCCCGGGUGUCGUUCACCCAGCUGCGGUUCGAAGCGGAGCUGGAUCGGUACCGGGCCGAAUGCCUGUGGGACAGAAUCCCACCUGUCAUCGAACACAUGCAGGCUGCACAUAUGCAUGAAGAUGAUGAUUAUGGGGCACUGCUAUUGGCCGAGGCUCUUCUAGAAGAGUGCCUGCAAGAAAAUAUGGACCUAUUACGGCGAUCCACACCUUUAAUGGACAAGACGCAACCCAAAAUAUGCCGUGCCAAAAGCUACCUCAACAACAUUCUAAGCCGAGGCCGUCUCACGCCCAAGUACUUGAAUGAAGCUCUGCUGCUGAUGGCCAAAGUGCACUAUGUGCAGGGUCGCCACCGCGAUGCUCAGGGAAUGUGUGCAAGGGUGGGAUUGGAGGAGCUUACACGUGACGAACAGCCCACUUACCACCUGCGCCUGCUGGCUGAGGCCUUCAUCAUUAAAGGUUUAUCUCUGGACCACCAGGCACUUUCUUCAGUGUCUCGUAUUCGUCUGAUAGAAAGGGAGGAAGAGAGUCUUUCCUGUUAUCUCAAAGCUUGCGACGCUGCUCUGUCAUAUCUGCAGGAGCUUGAUAAGACCGUAACAACGCCCCACAGUAAGACAGCCAAACUCAGUCUGCUUGCUCCACCUGUGGACAUGGACCUGGGUUUUUUUCUUCAGGCGGCUCUACAGAGCGCUUACCUGUGUUUGCUGCAAAGAGGUCAUUUGGCGCAGGGUGCUCACCAGCUGCGUCGUGUGAUGAGGGUGGUAGAGUCACGAGCGUCUCAGGGUUUCAGGAAGGCUGCAGCAAGAAAACUAGCAGAGGUCCUGCUGAGCUCAGUGAGUGACGACAGCUACUGGCCUCCCCUGGGCCCCCCACCCACCGCCUGGCUCCGUAGAGAGGGAGCCGCCACCUCAAAAGAAGCACUCUACCCUACCUUCAAACCACCACAACGUUACAGCACUGACAGUUGCUUCUGUCCCCAGGACGUGGUAGAAGAAGCUGUCUUACUGCUUCUAAUUACCGAGUCCAUGGCCAGUGGUGAUGCAGUCAUCAGCCGGCAGCCAGACCAGGCCGAGGCGCGCCGGGCAACCUUGCAGGAUUCGGUCUCUGUCUACGACUUGCUCACUAUCGGCAUGGCCAGGAGAGGGCAGUACACAAUGUUGUCUGAGUGUCUCGAGCGAGCAAUGAAGUUUUCAUUCAAUGAGUUCCACCUCUGGCACCAGUUGGGCUUGUCACUCAUGGCGUCUGGGAAGGCGGUUGGUGCUGUGUCUGUUUUUAAGGAAUGUGCCAGGAUGAGACCAGAGGACCCAUCAUUGCCUCUGUUGGCUGCAAAAGUUUGCAUUGGUCAGCUGCACUGGUUUUCAGAAGCAGAGUUUCUGUCCCAGAGUGUUGUGUCCAAGGGAGACUUGGCUGGAGAAUUUCUUCCCCGGGCCUACCUAGCUUUGGGACUCUCCUACAGUCUGCAGGCUUCUGAUGCCUCUCUGAAGGAAGAUCGGGAUGAAUACAACAAAAAGGCACUACGAUAUCUGAGAAAGGCUCAUUCAUUUGACCCACAGGAUGCUCACAUUACCAUGUGCCUGGCUCUUCAGUUGGCACUUGUGCGCCAGGUAUCGGCAGCCAUGGAGUCCUUGCAGGAGGCUUUAUCUCUCCAAGGGGAUGACUUACACUCCCUCCACUUGCUGACUCUUCUCCUCAGUGCUCAGAAACACCACCGCCAUGCCCUGGACACCUUGGGACUGGCCCUCAGCCAACACCCUGACAACUUCAAUUUGCUGUUCACAAAAGUUAAGCUUGAAGAGGUCCUCUAUGGCCCAGCUGUGGCCUUACAAACCUGUGAAGAAAUGUUGCAAUGCUGGCAAAGCCGCUAUGAUGUCAGUCCCUCAAAUGAGACAGAUGACACCAGCAGUGUUCCAGUGGUUGAGAGGCGCGGGGCUAGCCCUGGAUUCAGUAAAACAUCCAUCCACCUCACUCUGCCCGACUUCCAAGACACUUCCACUGGGUCCAUGAGUCCAACGGUUGCAGCAUCUCGCCUGGAUGCGGCCCUCUCAGAAGUGUCAGACAUUAGCUUAAUGCAUCGCCAAGGACCUACGUACAUCUGGACUACCCUGGAACGCAUCUGGCUGCAAGCUGUGCUGGUGAAAGAUGAGAGGGGGUUAAGGAUCGGAGGCAAUGGGACGAUGGUUGGGACAAUUUGAGUGACGGGGCCAGAAAGGAGGGAGCGGAUGUCGUCUACCUUAGUUCUGAAGAACUCAAGGUAGGUGUUACAUUGAUCAGCUGUUGUGUUAUGGUGUUUGGAGGUUUGUGGUUGCAGAAAGUGGUUGACGGUGGAGAAGAGUGUUUUAGAGUUGCCAGGGUUAUUGUUGAUUAUGUUGGAGUAAAAUUGUGAUUAUGCCUUCCUGAGGGACCUUGCAUCUUGGCUGGCUGCAGAGCCAGAGACAAAGCUCUCUGCAGAGCUGAAGGCGAGCUGCAGAGUUAGAGGAGAGGCUGGAGGCGGCGUCGAACCCACUGUUGGCGAGGCUGGAAGCGGCGUUGGAACCACUGGAGUCGAUGCUGGAGGCGGCGCCGGACCCACUGGAGGCAGCGUCGUACCCAUCAGAGGAGCUUGUGGCAUCGGACCCACUAGAGUAGCCGUUGGCGUCAAACCCACUGGAGUAGCUAGUAGCAGCGGCCUUGCAGAAGGUGGCGGUGUCUGCAGGGGAAUCACAGAGAGGGCUAGCAGCGUCUGCACAAGAAACAGAUCCUCCCUCUCCAGCUCCACAAAAACCUUCCAGUAGCACUCCGCGCUGUACUUCACUUGUCACUGGUCACUUGUUGGAAGAGGAAGAGCUGGUACUGGACUUAGAGCUGACAGCGCCCCUGCUGGUGAACAGGCGAGCAGCGCCCUUGCAGGGUGAAACUGUGCAUCUCCAAUGGCACAGCCGCCAAUGUUAACCCCCGCCCCCCUCCUCAGGAAGCGGAUACAAAAUGCCCUCUCUCACAGCAGGAGCAGAAGCCAAGUUUGGGAGAAGGGAGGUCUGGAGUAGGGCGGCAGCUUCCUCUCCUGCAGGUUCCCCACAUUCUUUAAGUUAAGCAGGAACAUGCACAGGAAGUUGCAGUGGAGCGGUUACAGGCAUAGGCAGACGCCGUGGAGCAGGGACUGGAACAAUAGGAAGCUUGAGCAUGCGUGGAGCAAGUGCCUUGGAAAACUGUGGAGUAGGUGAGGCGGGCGAAGCUUGCAUCUUCAGGGAAUAUAUGCAUUAUACCUUAACAAAAUGUCCAUAGUGUCAGUUGUAUAUAAUUUAAUGUCUCUUGGUGAAAGCUGGGUCAUGGGCCAAGAAAACAUGUAUGUAUGUGUGCAGCUGAAAGAGAGUCUUUGAGCAGCGUGAUGUCAUCAGGACAUGCCACAGGUGCUGGAGGCAUGAAGUCAUCAUGCAUGGCUGUUGCUUCCGUGCACGUUUUUUUGUUGUUUUUUUCCCCGUGUUUCUUUCUUCAUUCCACGAAAUGCAACGUUCAAGAACAACGAGCGCAAUCUUUUUUCUUAAAGAUUAUUUUGAAAUUAUUUAUUUUAUUACAACAAGCUCAAUUUCUGUGAGUCGCUCUCUUUCUCUCUUUACGGUAACAAUGUUUUUUUUUUUAUAUACCUUUGUUUAUAAAGUUCAACAUUUACAAACAUUAGAAAACAUGAAAUAAUAACAAGGAUAAUUUAAAACAAGUACAAAAACAAUACAACACAGCGCCAUGGGGUUGUUAAUUCAAUAAAGUAAUUAUAGUAGAAUGUAAUGUUUUCACAGCUUUUUGGUUGCUAGAGUUAGAUAGCGUUCUAACUUUUUUUUUGAAAGGCACAAAACACAGGUCGGGUAUUGAGAACCUUAUAUUUAUGAAUAUAAAACUAGCCAAUAGUAUGAUAAGUUUGCAAAGGUAAAAUUCAUUUUAAAGUUUUUUCUCAGAGUGUAAAUCCAAAUAGCACAUCUUUAAGACAGCACAAAAUUUGUCAUAAAUGUUGUCCAAGAUGAAACGAGAAAUGCCUUGCCAUAGUGAUAGAGUGCUUUCACAAGUCCGAUAAAGGUGGUAAACAGUCUCUAGAUACAUGUUACAUAAGGUGCAGGUAAUAUCAAUGUCCUUCUAGUAUCUAACCAUCACAGUCUUUACAGGGUAAUAACGAUGAAUGAUCUUGAAAGAAAUCUCUUUGACUUUGUUCGUAAGUAAAUACCUGUUAGGAAGAGACCAAGUUUUGACCCAGCUGAUGUCAUAUUAUUCUAGAAUGCAAUUAUAUGGGAGACAGACAAACAAUCAUUUUGGAAUAAGCUGCAGAUUUUUCUUGAAUUUUUUUUUUAUCAAAACAAUGUUUCACUUCCUGUCAAUGAGAAAGGACUCAAAGAAAAAGGCUCCGCUUCUGCUACCGGAGUUUUUGUUAAGCCUGAAGAUUUUGACCACUGAUUUGCGAUCACAGCCACAGGAGAGUCACCUGGCAUCUUCGACCUGAUUUUGGUCAGUUGAGAGGCACUGAUACGCUGAAAUAAGGCGAGUUGGAAAAGUCGUUAGCCUCAAGCCAACGGCACGUUACCACAAUUCAAAGCGGUUACCUAGCAACCAAAAGCUACGGCGAGUUUAUAGCUGUUUUAAAGUGCUUCCGACGACGCAGAGUGAUAUAAGUUGACAGGCUGACCCUCAAAUUGAUCUCUGAACGGCGCAAGGUACGAAAUUGUUGAAACAAACAGGUUGGGGGCGGCAUGGCGUAGUAGGUAGAGCAACCGUGCCAGAAACCUGAGGGUUGCAGGUUCGCUCCCCGCCUCUUACCAUCCAAAAAUCGCUGCCCCCGGUGCCACUCACACCGGUGAACUGAAUGAUGAAUGAUAGGUGGUGGUCGGAGGGGCCGUUGGCGCAAAUUGCAGCCACGCUUCCGUCAGUCUACCCCAGGGCAGCUGUGGCUAUGAAAGUAGCUUACCACCACCAGAUGUGAAUGAAUGAUGGGUUCUACAUGUAAAGCGACUUUGGGUACUUAGAAAAGCGCUAUAUAAAUCCCAGUUAUUAUUAUUAUUAUUAAAAGUGCCGCAAGUCGCUAAAGAAGCAACUGCCGUUUAAGACACAAGAGGCACUGACGUCAGCGACCUGCCGCGAUGCCAAAAGCUAAAGGAAAAACUGAAAUCCCGAAACGUUCGGUGUCAGCUGACACAGGACACAAGGGGGACAAAAUUUGAGGUUGGACAUAGGACAUGAUGGGAAUCAAGAAGGGAUACUACAAAAACUAUUCCAUGAAUUUAAAGAAGAAAUGAAAGAAGAAUUGGAAGAAAUGAUGGAUGGAUGGAAAUAAGAAAUUAAAGAAUAUCUGAGAAAAGCAACAACAGAACACAAACAAGAUAUGAAAAGUCUGCAGGAAAAUAUAGAAAGUCUGCAAACUCAGAAUAACAGCAUAAAAAAGGACGCCUAUGAAACGCACCAACAAAUGAAGACCCUUCAAGAAGACAACAACAUGCUGUGGAAUAUCAUAUAUGAAAUGGAUCAGGAUAAACGAAUGAAUGACAUCAUCGUGACAGGGCACCGAAUUAAACCAAGAUCCUAUGCGAAUGCUGUGAAUAAUGGAGGUGAACCAGAUGAAAUGGAUAUUGUCUCAGCAGAACAGCAAGUGGUCAACUUUCUACAAUCAAAGGAAAUUGAAAUUGACAUUAAUACCAUUGAAACAUGCAUUCCACUGAACGGAAGAAACAACAACGCCACUCCAGUCCUCCUCGUGAAACUCGUAAAAAGAAAAUCAAAAAUGGCAUUGCUGAUACAGGGAAAGAAGCUGAAGGGAACAAAUGUGUACAUGAAUGAGCAUCUCACAAAACGUAAUGCUGGAAUCGCCACAAAAGCACCCGACUUGAGAAAGCAUGAAAAAAUCCAGGGAACUUGGAGCGCCAACUGUAAAAUCUACAUCAAACUGAAUGGAAGUCCAGAAGCAAGAGUACUUGUUGUCUAUGACAUCAAGGACCUGGACAAAUUUUAAGUUUACACAGCUUCCACAACAACGAUGAUAAUGGACUCUAUAACUAAAAAAAACACCUAAAUUCAACAUCAACACUUCUAUGUUCCAAGGGACGACUAAACAAAAAGACCUAGAUUCAGGAGUGCAUCCACCUACACUUAUAGAGAUUAUUGACAACAUCAAAGAUUGUUGAACAAGAAAAUAUGGAACUAAAAAACUUCUGCAACAAAGAUCACAAAAAACAGGAUUUGGAAAAUGAUAUAGAUCCAGAUACAAUUUUUUUUCUCCCACAUCAGUAAUAAUUGUUUUUAUUAUAAAGACGAACAAUAUAAUAGCAACAUUAAAUGUGAUAACAAAUUGUCAAUUAUUCAUUUUAAUAGCAGAAGCUUGUAUGCAAAUUACAACCACAUUAAGAACUUUUUGGAACACAUCAACGAACCCUUCAAAGUGAUCGCUGUCACAGAAACAUGGAUUGAUGAUAAAAAAAGGAAUAGAUUUUGAUCUGGAAGGAUAUGAACUAAACUACAUCAACAGAACCAACAAAAAUGGAGGAGUAGCUGUGUACGUGAUGUAGAACCUGAACUACAAAGUGAUAAAAAAAACAUGUCAUUUGCUAUAAAUAAUAUCUUAGAAUGUAUAAUCAUUGAAAUAUGUCAGAGAAGAAGAUGAUUGCUUUCAAAAUUGAGCUAGAAAAGCAAAAUUGGGAUAAUGUGUACAAUGAAAAAGAGGUUGAUGAAGCAUAUGAACAUUUCUUAAUCAAGUUCAUAAUACUUUAUGACAAACAUUGUCCAUGGAUACAACUCUGUAGAAAGCAGAGAAAGAAUAAUCAACCAUGGAUGACAAAAGGAUUAAAAAAUGCUUGUAAUAAGAAGAAUACACUAUAGAAAAGGUAUAGCACAAAGAACUACAGAGGCAGAAAAUAAGUACAAAAAGUAUAAACACAAGCUAACAAACAUACUACGAGCAUGUAGAAAAGAAUAUUACAGUGAAUUAUUGGACAGGAACAAAAACAAUAUGAGAGCAACAUGGGGCAUCCUCAAUAGCAUUAUUAAAAAUGGCACUAAGAGGGAUUACCCCCAAUACUUCUUAGACGGAAACAAAAAUAAUGACAACAUAAAGGAAGUAGUUGAAAGCUUCAAUAAUUACUUUGUAAAUAUUGGACCAAAAUUGGAAGAAAGGAUUCCAGACCCAGUUUCAAUUGAGGACUAUAAUGAUACCAUAGAGUGAAAUCCCAACUCCAUGUUCCUCAGUAAUGUGACACAGGAGGAAAUAGUUACAAUCGUGAAAAAAUGCAAAUCUAAGACUUCAACGGAUUGUAAUGGUAUUGAUAUGGAAACAAUGAAAAAGGUUAUUGAAGAGAUCUCAGGACCAUCCAUCCAUCCAUUUUCUACCGCUUAUUCCCUUCGGGGUCGCGGGGGGCGCUGGAGCCUAUCUCAGCUACAAUCGGGCGGAGGGCGGCGUACACCCUGGACAAGUCGCCACCUCAUCGCAGGGCCAACACAGGACCAUUAAUGUAUAUUAGUAACCUAUCAUUUCAAACAGGCAAAUUUACAAACAAAAUGAAAAUAGCUAAAGUUGCACCAAUUUAUAAGACUGGAGACAAACACCAAUUUACAAAUUAUAGACCUGUUUCUUUACUUCCACAAUGUUCUAAAAUCAUUGAAACUGUUCAAUAACAGAUUAGAGAGUUUCACAAAAAAAAAAAUAGAAUACUCGAAGAGAACCAAUAUGGAUACAGAGCUAAUCUUUCAACUUCGAUGGCUUUAAUUUAAAUUACAGAAGAAAUUACCAAUGCAAUAGAUAGUAAAAAAUGUGCGGCAGCAGUUUUUAUGGAUCUAACUAAAGCAUUUGACACAAUUAAUCACAAUAUUUUAAUCAAAAAACUAGAACGAUAUGGCAUCAGAGGGUUAGUCUUAAACUGAAUAAGAAGUUAUCUAAUGAACAGGAAACAAUACGUGAAGCUAGGCGAACACACAUCUACAACGCUAAAUAUAUCCUGUGGUGUACCUCAGGGAUCAAUACUCGGACCAAAAUUUAUCAAUCUCUAUAUAAAUUACAUUUGUAAAGUUGCAAAAGAUUUAAAGUUAGUAUUAUUUGUGGAUGAUACAACAGUGUUUUGUUCAGGAGAGGACACACAGAAGCUAAUACAAAUAAUAACUGAAGAAAUUAACAAAUUAAAAAGAUGGUUUGACAAAAACAGACUAUCUUUGAAUCUCAGUAAAACUAAAAUAAUGCUAUUUGGUAACAGUAGAAGAGAAAGUCAAACACAAAUACAAAUAGACGGAAUAGAAAUUGAAAGAGUAAAUGAAACCAAAUUUCUAGGUAUAAUGAUUGAUGAUAAAUUGAACUGGAAAUCUCAUGUAAAAAAUAUGCAACAUAAAGUAGCAAGAAACACGUCAAUAAUGAAUAAAGCAAAACAUGUUCUAGACCAAAAAUCACUUCAUAUGUUCUACUACUCGCUAUUGUUACCAUAUCUGAGUUAUUGUGUAGAAAUAUGGGGAAAUAACUACAAAAGUGCACUUCAUUCAUUAACGGUGUUACAAAAAAGAUCAGUCAGAAUAAUACAUAAUGUUGGAUAUAGAGAACAUACAAACCCUUUAUUUAUUGAAUCAAAAAUACUGAAAUUCCACGACGGAGUGAAUUUGCAAACAGCUAAAAUUAUACACAAAGCAAACUAUAAACCUGCUACCCAAAAAUAUACAACAAUUCUUCUCAAAAAAAGAGGAGAAAUAUAAUCUUAGAGAAAAAUGUUAUUUAAAACAUUUGUAUGCACGUACAACACUUAAGACCUUCAGUAUAUCUGUAUGUGGAAUUAAAUGAUGGAAUGGAUUAAGCAAAGCAAUCAAACAAUGUACUAAUAUGAUCCACUUCAAGAAACUCUUCAAACUUAAAGUGUUUACAAAGUACAAAGAAGAAAAACCAUGAUAAACAUUCAGAAUUUAUUUCAUUCAUCCAUUCAUUUUUAAAAUAAUCUUACUCAUCUCACCAUAUGAAAUGUAACUUACUUCACUGAGUA